AUGGGACCCCCGGGCAAUAGAGGAUCAUGGGGCCCCUGUGUCCUUGCCCACACUUAAAGCACACCCAAAAAAGCAUAUAAAAAAGAUGAGCUUUGAAAACCCUUCUCUUCAGAGAAGCCUAUUCUGUCCCCAACUAACAACUGUACUUUUAUUUUCUCCAUCAGCUCAUCCCCACAGGCAGUGGUGGACUGACAACUCAUGGAGCCCCCGGGCAAUAGGGGAUCAUGGGGCCCCUGUGUCCUUGCCCAAACUCAAAAAAGCCUAUGAAAAAGGUACCAGGGGCAUCUCAUGGGGCCCCCUACUGACCCCGGGCCCCCGUGCUGUGCCCGAGUUUCCAAAUGGUCAGUCCGCCCCUGCCCACAGGUAUUACCUUUUGUAU